AUGAGAGAAGUCGUUUCCCUUAACGUCGGACAAGCUGGUGUUCAGAUCGCCAACUCUUGCUGGGAGUUGUACUGUCUUGAGCACGGUAUCCAGCCUGAUGGUUACCUUACCGAGGAGCGUCAAAAGGGGCCCCAGGACCAGGGAUUCAGCACUUUCUUCUCUGAGACCGGUCAGGGAAAAUACGUCCCCCGUACCAUCUAUGUAGAUCUCGAGCCCAAUGUCGUUGAUGAAGUACGAACGGGUACCUACAGGAACCUGUUCCAUCCCGAGCAGAUGAUCACUGGAAAGGAGGAUGCUUCCAACAACUACGCCCGUGGACACUACACCAUUGGAAAGGAGUUGAUUGAUCAGGUUUUGGACAAGAUCCGCCGUGUUGCUGACAACUGCUCUGGUCUCCAGGGUUUCCUCAUCUUCCACUCAUUUGGUGGUGGUACCGGUUCUGGUUUCGGUGCUUUGUUGAUGGAGCGUCUCUCUGUCGAUUAUGGCAAGAAGUGCAAGCUCGAGUUCUCAGUUUACCCUGCUCCCCAGGUGUCCACAUCUGUUGUUGAGCCUUACAACUCUAUCUUGACUACCCACACAACUCUUGAGCACUCUGACUGCUCUUUCAUGGUUGACAACGAGGCCAUCUACGAUAUCUGCCGUCGCAACUUGGAUAUUGAGAGGCCCAACACUGAGAACCUCAACAGAUUGAUUGCACAGGUCGUUUCUAGCAUUACUGCUUCUCUCCGUUUCGACGGUUCCCUGAAUGUCGACUUGAACGAGUUCCAGACCAACCUUGUCCCAUACCCUCGUAUUCAUUUCCCUCUCGUCUCAUACGCCCCUGUCAUCUCUGCAUCUAGGGCCUCGCAUGAGGCCAACUCUGUCCAGGAGAUCUCCAACUCCUGCUUUGAGCCCCACAACCAGAUGGUUAAGUGCGAUCCACGCAACGGCAAGUACAUGGCUACAUGUCUGUUGUACCGUGGUGACGUUGUUCCUAAGGAGGUUCACGCCGCCGUCGCCAGCAUCAAGACCAAGAGGACCAUUCAGUUCGUUGAUUGGUGCCCAACUGGUUUCAAGAUCGGUAUCUGCUACCAGCCUCCUCAAUUUGUGCCUAACGGCGAUUUGGCCAAGGUUAACAGGGCUGUUUGUAUGCUCUCCAACACCACCGCCAUUGCUGAAGCAUGGAGCGCUCUUAGCAACAAGUUCGAUCUCAUGUACAGCAAGCGCGCUUUCGUCCACUGGUACGUUGGUGAGGGUAUGGAGGAAGGUGAAUUCUCAGAGGCCAGAGAGGAUUUGGCUGCUCUUGAGCGCGAUUACGAGGAGGUUGCCACCGAUUCUCUCGGUGAAGAUGCUGAGGAGGCCGAGUACUAA